AUGGAUAGUCACCGAAAGGUCAUGACACAGCCCGCCGCGGUUGUGCAAACCGGACUCAAGUCCUCUGAUGAUCUCCCCACUUUCGAAACGAAGGGUUCCGGUGAAUCUUCUACCUACUCUUCCGUCUUGACCAUAGAAGGCAAGGCGGCCGCGUCCACAAAACUCGCCAAGCAUGCUGUGGGCACUCCAGACAUCAGCGACACCCCAGAAAAGCGGGUUUCGCGGCUGCAAUCGACACACAGUGGCUACUCUGACUCAGGUAUCUUCGAGUCGAGCUCUUUGGCCGCCAAGCACUUACCUCUACCACGCCUUCCAGUUCUGCUGCGUGACAUGUACAGUGAGUAUGUUGAAGAUUCCCAUUUUUCAGUUUCUACCAGCUAUGCUGAAAUCCAGACUAGUGAUUCCCUAGAAAGCACCCCAGCCCUAACAAAACGCAACACCUUAGAACGCGCUACUAGCACAUCUAUGUUCGCCCCUGACCCCCGUAGUCCUUCAGACCCUAUUUCUCCCAUUACACCGACAAAUUCCACACUACAAUUAGUCAAAAUGGAGGAGAUGGAGGGGGCAGCGUCUGAUCGCUCCUCGACAUUUGCCAUUUCAUCUACGCCGUUACUUCGACGCUGUCAUAUAGCAGGUGAGACGGGAGCUUCGGCCGCAACCUCAGGUAUCUUUGAGGCUGCUGGCAGCGUUCUAACUGAGUCAGACGAACGUCUCGCUGCAGUGCCCGCACGUUCACAAACGCUCCCACAAGCGACGCACGACGUCAGUCGCUCAGAGUUACGGAGUAAGCCCCCACUGCCGAGAGUCUUUCACAAAUCCUCCGGCAGUCUUAAAACCAAGAAACAGCAACCGAAGAAGACGCAUCCGGCGAGGCGCGCUGCUAGCGGUGCCAGUCUGCUCUCACUGUUUGGAUUCCGACGGAAAGCGACCUCCCUGCAAAAGCAGCAGCCUACCGCCGCCGCCAUGCCACAGCCACACCUGACAAAAAUAAGCACUUUACCAGUUGAAAAACUGGAGGAAAGACAAGCCCGAGCAAUGGGUACGGGCGUUUCUACCACGCCGGGCUGGUCUGCUUCACUCUACAGUUCCAUGUCCGGCGACCUUGGUGAGGCGGUACGCGCUCAUGAUGACACGGGCGCGACUGCCAAUGAGAUUGACGCUCUGGCCACUCAGAAGACGCAUCAGUCCAGCGUCCUACCGCAAGCGAGUCACACAGCGUGCGCAGAGACAACGGACCAAUCGAUGGGCGCGAUUGUCUGUGCGCAAGCCGGGUUGGUGCAUGCGGCUGCCGAUGAGCCUCACGCCGCCUCAGAGAGCGAUCAACCGACUUUGCGGCUCAGCACAACCGAAGUCAUUCUGGCAGGUAAUGAGGAGAUGGAGCCUCGUCAGGCAGACGCAGAAGAUGAAGUCAUCGGAAUUUCGGAGCACAAGUUGCAGCCCUUUUCGUCGCGUGAGGAGGCCGAGGUGACAGCCGACAAUCGGAGCGGAAGUGGAUAUACCCCCAGCAGACGGCGGAGUAGUGCGUCAGGAGGGGAAAUAAGCGCUUCCAACGACAGCAGUAGCGACUCAGUGGAGGCCAGUUGGUAUCGUCCGCACUUCAGUGCCUCAGAUCAGGAGGUUCAAGGCGGCAGAAAAAAGAAGGCCAAGCACAGAAGAUGCACACAAGCAGAAAGAAAAGAAGAUAGCAAUAUAACAGCCAAGGCGAAAGAACUCAACGACGAGGACAGGACAAAGCAACAGACGGUGACCCCAUCCGGUAAGCCAAAUAUCUCAAUACUUGAUGCAUCCACAGAGAAUCCUCAUGAGUUCCCUAGCAUAAUUGAAAAGCAACUAGCCCAGCAAACACUUGCAGACGUACAUCAGACAGAUAAAAGCACGCCACAAAAAUCAGACCACGAAAUAUCAAGACCACAAGCAGACAGGCAAACAAAUGAGCACCUAGAAUCAUCAAGAGAGGAAGCAAUGCAAGAAAACCCACUAACAACAGCUAAAGAGCAAAACGUAGACAACGCAGGUGACAAUCAAAAACAAGCAGCAAAAACCGAAAAAAUAGCACAGGCAGACGAUAGCACUAGAGUAAACAUUGAUGAAAACAAUGCAGAGGGUAUGACACAAACAGCCAGCGCAGAAGCAGGGCACGAUGUUGACGCCGGCAUACUGCCGAAAGUGUCCAUAAAGGCGGGUCCGGUGGUUGUCGACGUGCCCACUGUCGAUAUUCAGGCCUCUGUGCCCGGUGAUGUUGAAUUGCCUAGCCUUGAUGUGAAGGCAACAGAUCUGGACGGAGAGAUGAAUGUGAAAGCAGGCAUCGAGAUGCCAGAGGCACGUCUGGACAUUGAGCCGCCUGCCGCAGACAUGAAGGUGGAUGCUGGUGGCAAGUUUGAGCUUCCAUCCUUGAAGGUGAAGCUGCCUCAUCCUCACCUGAAGCUUGGCGCAUCGGGCAAGGCGAAGGCCCCGAAGGUGGAUGUGGAGAUGCCACAGGCAGAGGCAGACCUUGAUGUGUCGGGCAAAGUUGACGUGCCUUCAACGAAGGUAGUCAUAGAUGCCGAUACGGAUUUGGAUGUGGAUGCUGGUGGCAAGUUUGAGCUUCCAACCUUGAAGGUGAAGCUGCCUCAUCCUCACCUGAAGCUUGGCGCAUCGGGCAAGGCGAAGGCCCCGAAGGUGGAUGUGGAGAUGCCUGAGGUGGAUGCUGGUUUGGACGUGUCUGGCGGCGUGGAAGUGCCGUCUGCGGGCAUUGACGUGAAUGCAGACGCUGAUUUGGACGUGGAUGCUGGUGGCAAGAUUGGCCUGAAGAAGCCGAAGUCGCCGUCCUUCAAAGUGAAACUACCACAUGCGCACUGGAAGAUGGGCAAGUCGGGCAAAUUGAAGAUACCGCAGGCAGAAUUAGAGACGCCACAUGUGGAUGCUGGUUUGGACGUGUCUGGUGGGGUGGAUGUGCCAUCGACGGAAUUGAAGCUAGAUGUGGACACUGAUAUGGACGUGGGCGCAGGCGGCAAGGUUGACGUGCAUGGCAAGUCGCCGUCCUUCAAGUUGAAGAUGCCUAAAUGGCAUUUUGGCAAGUCGGUCAAAGUUGAAGCUCCCAAAGUGACUGCUGAGUUGCCUGAGGUGGAUGCUGGUUUGGACGUGUCUGGCGGNGCCGCGGAUAGACAGACGAGUCCGCCUCGUCACGUGAUGACGAGCAUGAAAGAGGGCUACCUGUCUCAGCAGGGCAGGGCAGGGUAG